GUAAGAUAUAUAUUUUAUAACAUAUUACAUUACAUUACACGUCUCUCUUUCUUGUUCAUACAGUUGUUAGGACGCUCCAUUGAUUUGACUAGUCUAUUGUCCCAGAGGUUAGGGAGCAACAUGUUAAAGGCCAUUGACACUGCUAUACAUGUUUUUGAGUCAAGGAACCUCUGUGGAGUUGUGGAAUUGCUUCAUCUACUUGAGAUCAACAGAUUAACUCACCAAAUGUUAUCAAAUUUUGUCGUACUUGAUCCGUUUGAGGCAAUGUACGCUGAGGCCAACAACUCAGUCGUCUCUCCUCACGGGAGAGUAACUCUUCACAUCUUCUGGGAGCUCAUUUAUGACUUUAUUCCUAACUAUUGCUACAAUUCAACUACCGACAGAUUUGUUCUCGCUCAUUUACCUCAAGAGCCACCAGAGAGAGAAUCGGCUCCUAAAAGUCAAACAGUCACCACCAUGUUAUAUGGUAACAAGCAACUGAAGGAGGCUUACCAGAGCAUAUUCACUCUUUAUGGUGGAUUUGUUGGUUCUAUUCAUUUCAGUGCCCUCAGUAAACUAUUGGGAUAUCAUGGAAUAGCAAUGUUACUGGAGCAACUGCUUAACGUUAUUAGUAUUAUUCAGACUCAGUUAAAGCCUUAUGUUGAAGCUCUGGUUGCUGGGUUACCACAAAAGUGUAAACUCCCUUUCUUUCAGUAUGGAUCCAAAGGUGUUCUAGGGUUCUAUUUAGCUCAAUUGGGUCCAGUCAUACAGUACAAGGACCUCAGGACUGACGUCUUUCAAGCUUUCAAAGAAUUAGGAAAUGCAGUGAUAUUCUCUCUCCUCCUUGAGAAGGCUCUCGGCCAGCAAGAGGUUGUGGACAUACUGCAGGCUGCACCUUUUCAAAACCUGUACCCUAAACCCUACGUGAAAGAUGAUCAGAAUAUGGAGACUGUAAUGAAGAACCUUGACCAACAGUACGCAGCACUGAACAUGGUAUCAAUGAUAUCACGUUAUGGCACUGAGCAACAGGGAGCCAAUGCUCGUGAUGCUGAACUACUCACAAGAGAGAGACUCUGCCGGGCACUAUCAAUGUUUGAACUAGUCAUGCAAAGAAUCAAAUCAUUCCUCACCUGUGACCCUAUAUGGGAGGGGCCCCCUCCAGCUAACGGUGUGAUGUCAAUUGAUGAGUGUCAAGAGUUCCACAGACUAUGGAGUGCUAUACAGUUUGCUUACUGUCUACCUCCCACUAAAGGAGAAAUUACUAUUGAGCAGUGUUAUGGUGAAGGGUUACAGUGGGCCGGGUGUGUCAUCAUGACUCUGUUAGCUCAAGAGAAGAGAUUCGCUUCUUUGGACUUCUCUUAUCACUUGCUUCGUGUUCAUGAGUUUGAUGGACAAGAUGGAAAUGUACAAGGAAUUGAUCUUAAGCAGAUGAUAAAGCGUAUCAAAGUCUAUCGUGAUCUUAAUAAUCAAAUUUUUGUUAUAUUAAACAAACAUUUAUCUAGCAGUGACAUACUUCAGAGACAAGUUAGGGAGUAUCAGCCUCCAAUAUUCCAGGCCACUCAGGCAUAAGAGUAUGGGAGUAUGAGAAUGAAUCUUUAUGAGUAAACUCCUAGUUAUUAUACUCGUUGUGAUUAGUUUGUGUUUUUAAUGAAUCAUAUUCUCUUGUUAUUGAGAGAGAACUAAA